AUGAGCUCGACUCAUUCAAUAUAUGCCCAGGAUCAAAGUCCAGGACCCCUUCGUCGAAAGCGAAAGCCUAUUAGUUGCGAUCUUUGCCGAUAUUCCAAGCUACGAUGCGAUCGUCAACAACCUUGCGGCUCUUGCAAGAGACGUGGACGUGAGAACUCUUGCUUGUUUCCAGAUAAGUCUAAUCAAGGGCCUGGAUCGAUCAAGUCUCUUGCAUCACCCCGAGCGCCAAUAGGUUCUAGAGCCCACGAGCCUCAAUCUACUGCUCGAGGACGACUCGCCAGCUCUCCGGGAUCGUCUCGUGGCGGAGUCCGGACAGAUGUCAAUGGACUCUUUCCAGAGAGUGGAUGGGGAUCGGUCCUGGAAAGACCGGCCCCGCCGAGUGAUCCGGCCUUCGCACCAGACACUCUAUCGCCAUUCUCAAUGGGCCAACAAACAUCACUCCAGAAUAUCAUAGAGCUGCUUCCUCCAGAGCACUGCCGUGAUUAUCUGGUAUCUCACUUCUUCAAUCACAUCUGCGCACUGUUUCCCAUCCUUCAUGGUCCAACCUUCGAAGCGCAGUACGCUGCUUUCAAGCAGCAGCCGGUCGAAGUCGACCUAUCUUGGCUAGCCUUGCUUUUCUCCAUGUGUGCUUUAGCUUUGAGUACCACCGAGCCAACUGAUCCAAGACUGGCAGAUCUAUGGCCCAAAGGCUGUGACAACCAAGCCGAACAGACUGUCGCUGUAUCUCGCAGACUCCAGCAAACGGCCAUGGCGUGCCUUUUGAAAGAUCAGUUCUUUACCCGAUACAAAUUCAGCACGUUCGAGGCUUUGCUGAUGCUGAUCUAUCAUCAAUCGCAUAACGAGUCUGUCGAUCAGGGCUGGGCUCUGUUGGGGAUGGCCUUGAAUAUCGGCAUUGCACUGCGAUGCAACGUCACCACUCAACAGAUCAACACGAUAGAGCUCGAACGACGGCGUCGCUGCUGGGCAGGUCUGUUGACUUUGCACACGUACCAAAGUAUCUUAUUUCGUGAUGUCGAUAUGACAUUCUUACUUGAGAUCAAAGCCUCAAUGCCAGCGGACGUCAAUGACUCCGACAUCACCGACGAAGGCAUCCUACAGCCAUCCAGCGAACCAACCCAAAUGUCUCUCAUGAUGUUCAAACUUCGCUUGUUCCACCUCUCCGCCCAGAUCUGCCGUCAUAUUUCCGGCCCUUCACGGCACGACCAAGGCGCGCAGCUGAAGAGAUUUGACGAAGCGAUAGCCGCGGAACAAAAGCUAUGGGACUCCAAAUACAUGAUCAACGGGUCCCCCAAAAUCCUCAACUCCUACUAUGCCCAUUGGUGCGUCUUACAAACUUACGCACACCACCUCUUUCUCCUCCUCCAUCGUCCCUUUCACCAUUCCCAGACACCGAGCUUCAUCCCAUCAUCCCGCGAGAGAUGCAUCAGCUCUGCAGCCGCUUUGAUAAGUAUUCAUCGCGACCUGUAUGAAGUCCCCCUACUGAGGAACUUUCUCUGGUUAAUCAAUGGAGUGGUGAGCUUACAAGCACUUCAUGCCGCCGUUGCGCUCAACUCCUGCUUACGGGAUAUGCCGUUAACGUUUGACACCACCCCCUAUCGAUAUGAGUUGGAAAAGCUCAUGCUGCGCAUGGAGAGCUUCUCGAGCAGAAGCAAGAUAUGCUCAAAGGCGUAUCACGUACUUGAUCAUCUACAGUAG